CGGGUAACAUUCUGCUACAUAUGCUCAGUGUAUGAGUGUGUAUGAAUGAGGUGCGCGUAUGCUUGAUUGAUCUCAGAUGAAUAAUAAUGCAACAGAGACAUGAUUUCAUCAUGAAGAUCAAGUGUGGUUUAGGUGAAGGCUAUGAAGACUACAUGGUACACAGAUUCUAUGGGGCAUCAGGAUGGGGCAGAAGAGGUCACCCCUUUCCCUUUAAAACUCUAACCAGGCCAGGUCGCUCUGUCUGGGGCUACGUGGACAUUAAGCCAGAGGUUCCACUGGCUCUUGAUCCGGGCUCCCCACUGGACCUACGUACAGACGUUAGGAUGCAGGUUUCGGCCUCAGAUCCUACUGUGUGGGAAAGACAGCUUCAACAAGAGCUGCUCCUAAUUCAGAAACAGCAGCAGCUUCAGAAACAGUUACUCAUCACUGAGUUCCAGAAGCAGCACGAGAACCUGGUUCGCCAGCAUCAGGCCCAGAUACAAGAGCAUUUGAAGCUGCAGCAGGAACUACUUGCUAUGAAGCAACAACAAGAGCAGCUGGAGAAAGAGAGGAAACUAGAGCUACAGAGUCAGGAGAGAGAACUGGAGAGACAUCGCCGUGAACAACAAGUCCUGGUCCUCCGAAACAGAGAGAAGAGCAGAGAGAGUGUGACAGGUGCAGUGGCCAGCAAUGAGGUCAAGCAGAAACUCCAAGAGUUUCUGUUGAGUAAAUCCACCAAAGACGGUACAUCUAAUGGGGUCCCCCCAAAAGUCACACAGAGUUCCAAACUGUGGUACACGGCCUCCCAUCACACCUCUCUGGAGCAAAGUUCACCUCCUUUGGGAGGAGCGUCCUCCUCCUGCAAGAUCUCUCUGCCAUCCCCACAAGACUCCCGGGACGACUUUCCUUUGAGGAAGACAGUCUCAGAGCCCAAUCUGAAGGUGCGGUCCAGGUUAAAGCAGAAGGUUGCAGAGAGGAGGAGCAGCCCGCUUCUCAGGAGGAAGGAGGGGAGCAUCAUGACACCCUUCAAAAAGAGAGCCCUGGAGCUUCUGGAAUCCACAGCCAGCAGCAGUGCACCAGGAUCAGGGCCCAGUUCACCCAACGGGGCCUACAGUGCCUUGGGGGCUGAAAACGGACCCUCCUCACUACCAGUCACCACACGUACGGAGCGGUGGCCAUCACAUCCGAGGUUAUUAGGGCCUGAAAGCUCAGUGUCUAUGUUAAAUCUCUAUACGUCUCCAUCGCUGCCCAAUAUCACCCUGGGUCUCUCAGCUGCCUCUUCUCCCAUCAGUGCUGCUAUAGGACUCCAGGAGAAGCAUUUUGAGGGGGGCGGCGUAUCAGCGGUCAUUCAGGGUUUGACCACCCAACUUCUGCGUCCAGUGCCCCUGUCUGUUGCUAUGGAGACCAAAGUGAGCAGCAGCCACCAAGCUCUCCUGCAGCACCUCCUCCAGAAAGAGCAGCUCCGCCACCAAAAGAUCCUCUCUACUGGUCAAAGUCCUGUGCAUCCUCCUUCUCCGCUGGCAGUGAUGGAAAGCUCUCCGAGUAGCACCCGACCCAACCUGCCUCGUCACCGGCCCUUAAACCGAACCCAAUCGGCUCCGCUGCCCCAGAGCACACUAGCUCAACUUGUGAUUCAGCAGCAACACCAGAACUUUCUGGAGAAGCAGAAACAGUACCAGCAACAGGUCCACAUCAACAAGAUGAUUUCGAAAUCAAUUGAGCAGCUUCGUCAGCCGAACGCCCACCUGCAGGAGUCAGAGGAGGAAGAGGGAGAGGAUUUUUACAACCAGGCCAUGCAGCAGGACAGAUCGCCCUCUGGUGGCGUCAUCCGGAAGCACAGUCCCGAUAGCAACAUCUAUGCUUCACCCACAGUCAUCAGGGUGAAAGAGGAGCCCAAUGCCAGUGAUGAUGAGACAAUGGCCACUCAGAGCCUGGCCGACAAGCAGAGCUCCUACAUUCACCAGGUUAAAGGGAGGGUGGUGAUACAGGCCAUGAUAUGAAACGACAGAUGCGUCUUCACACUCGCACGCGAAGGCACAGGCUAACAUACACGCGACAUGCUUACACGACACAGAGCCAUUGCUUUGGGAGCUUCAGAACUGAUCUCAUUCGUGAACUUGUGAAGUGAUCUCUGUACUGUGCGUUGUAUGUUUUGUACAUAAUUGAAUAAGAUGAGAAUUUCGCUAACUUGGUCUUUUAAAUGCUAAGAAGCCGUUUUUGAUUGUUUGUUGAAAUGAUAAUUUAAGAAAUCCUUUCUACUUUCUACCCACCCUUUGGAAAACUCGAAGCUCUUGUAGAAUAUGUAUGUGAUUUAUUUUUUCCCAUGGCACUAUGGUUUUCUUAGAGAUCUUUCUUUGCUUUUUAUGAAUGUUAUUAUAAAGAUGUGUCACAGUUUGUAUAUACAUAUAUAAAAACUGCAUCAUUUGCUGGGAGACUCCCAAAUUGUAUGGAAACAAGUCAGUAACCAUGAAAAUCCACACAACAACAGAAUAAAAUGGUUAUUCUAGGUUCAACACAGGUUAAACUCAGUCGACAGCAUUUGUAGGGUAAUGCCGAUUACCAAAAAAAAUAAUAAUAAUAAAAUAAAAAAAUAAAAUGAUACAUAUAUAAUAUUUUUAAAUUAAAAUUUUUAUUAAAUUAAAUAUAUAUAUAUAUAUAUAUAUAUAUAUAUAUAUAUAUAUAUAUAUAUAUAUAUAUAUAUAUAUAUAUAUAUAAUAUUUUUUUACAAAUGUUAGUUAAUUUUUCUAUUGAAAUUUGUCUAUUAUUUGAGCUAUAAAGUUCUUGGGUUUUAGACAUUCUGUUUGCAAAGAAGUUGUAAAACUCAAUAUAUAACUUAGCACUGAAAAUGUUAUUAAGCAAAUUUUCAUACUUCUAUCAUGUUAACAUGACACAGCGUAGUGUUUACGUACUAUUGAAAUGGUAUGUUAACAAAUCGGCCUUAGUUAUUUUUUUGCAUUGGUGUAGUAAUCGAUAUUGUGCUAAGUGCUGUCGAUUAAGCUUAACUUCUAUUGAAUCCUGGAAUAUUCCUUUGACAGUUCGAACGAACUCUAGAAUGACAUUCUGUGUUCCCUGUUCUCCCGUGGCCCAAAUCGAAGGCUGUCCUGGAUUGUGAGCUCUGCGCCUUGCUGAAUUCUGAGCGUUGUAGAGGAAAUGCCUGGUGGAAGCCAGGAAUCGGAAUGAUUCAUGAGCGCAGGAAUGCUGGGAGAGGACAACUCCACGCUGAAGUCAGAGCGCCCAGAAGUGAGCUCUGAUUUACUGUUGAGGUAAAUUACAAAGUGAGUGAGGAGACGGCGGGGGGAGCCCCCUUUUAAAACCAAUCAUUUCCUCUGUAUUCCCACGUGAUGUGUUUACCCCGACAUGCAGGCUUGAUGUUACUUCGGUAGAAAAAAAAAGGUAAUCGUUCUGUUCUCUCCUGAGGCAGUUUUGCCAUUCGUUGUUCGUCUUCAUGAAGUACUCGGUUCAACUUGCUUGAUAGUUUCAAGAAAUGUACUAUCGUCAUUCUUUGUCGGCGAGCCAUCUUUACUGUGUUUUUCUUUUUUGUUAUAUUUCAAGCAUUUGGUGUAAAACUGUUCAGUUUUGUGACUGAGAUCCUCUGAAAACCAUGAAAAAAUAAAACAACUCGAAGAGGAAAACAUUGUCGUGAGCCAUCACACUGUCUAGAAAUAGCCUGUGAGUCAACCUGAGCUGGCCUGUUUCGUUCCUGUUGUCUGUUCCACUGUUCUGGAUGUUAAUAAGAACUGUCGGCUACCGAUAGAGUGUCUCAUUUAGUACACGUUUCCUUCUGUCACAGAUCACCUUUUUUAAAUAAAGCUCUUUUCCAUCCUGUA